CUGACAAUCACAAUGACAAAGACAGCAAAAUUAACCUAACCUGAUACCAAACAAUACUUAAUUUUUUAAAGUGCUUUCCGGAAUAAAACUUGAAUAGUUUCAUGACGGGCAUGGUGCUCAAAUCAAUGGGAACAUUGGAUUUCUCAUCGAACAAACGAACUACUUGAAUAGUAACUUUUAUAUAUGGGAUAACCAAAAAACCUAACACUGCUUGAAAAUCGAAUGCUUCUCGCAAAAAAAUGGUUGAGGAGGCCCUAAGUACGACAAACAAUAAGCCUAAACAGCGAACGAAUAAACCAAAGUCUGUCUAUGAGUGGAACGUUCGGGAUGUACAAAACUGGCUUAGAAGGCACUGCGGCGACUAUCAUCCGCUUUAUGCGGACAAUUUCGUUCAACAUGAUAUAACUGGAAGAGCUUUGAUCAGAAUGAAUGACAACUCCCUGACUAGACUAGGCAUCAGUGAUGCGAGCCAUCGUGAGGCUCUUUGGAGGGAAAUCUUGAAGCUAAGGCUGAAAACUGAUAUAAUCGAAAUUAGGGACUUGCAACGACGAACAAAUAGCUUUGGAUUCGAUGCAAUUAAAACAUAAUGCCUUUUCCCGUCAACACUGAGGAAAGGAAAAUAAAGAAUUAGACAAAAAAGUACAAAAUUAUGUAUUUUUAACACCUUAUUAAAGCACUUAAUAUUAUGAUGUAUAUACGCCUAACCGAUUGAAGUUUUCAAAUGUGUACACAAACUUUUACUGGUUUAAUAUAAACCUGGAUUUACCAAAA